CGAGCGAGCGACAGCCUCACCAGACGCGCGUGAGGUUCGCGCCAGAGGACCGGAUCUGCCGGACGCAGUUCAUCCCGGCGCGCGACUGCACGCUGCGCCUUCCGCCGGCCGUGGGCGAGGUCCUCUGGCACAUCCUCGGGUGGCGCUACCCGUGGCUGCAGGAGGAGAAACGCCAUAGGAGGCCACCGCCGGUAGCCGGCGACUUGCCGGUCUCGAAAGUGCUCAUGUCCUACAAAAGUCACGCCGACUAUGUCGGCACGUUCCAGCCCCUGCUGCUGCACGAGCUGUGGAGCAAUGUGUCGCAGGACCACCAGCAGCGCACCACCGCGGAUCAGGAGGCCAUGAUAAAAAUUAACAAGCAGACCAGUGUCAAAAUUCGACCGGGGACGCGAUGUCUCCUCCAACUGCGCUGUGAAGCGCUGAUCUCGGCCCGGCGGGAUGCCACCCACCCAGAGUUGGGCGCCUUGGUGGUGGUGGAUCUGCCGCAGCGGACCCAGCAGGGUGUCCCAGCGCGGCGCGCGUUCGUCCAGGCGUUUGCCUACGUCGAGCACCUCAAGCGGCAGGCGCUGGGCAGCGCCCAGCUCAGACAGAGGCUGGAGCAGUUCGCCGGCGUGCUGCGGGACGGGCUCAGCGCGGAGCAACGGCUCGGCCAGUACGCAAUCGCCAGCUGCACGCUGCUGCUGCGGCACCGCGAGGGGCUGGCCGAGGGCCACUGGGACCUACCGGUCAAGAUGUCGUCGGUCAGCUACAUCCGCUCCGACCUGCGGCUCUUCUCGUCCGUGCGCCAGCUGGGCGAGUCGCCGCUGCUGCACGCCCUGCUCGACCCUGUCCGCUGGCAGGACGUGUACCGGCUGCCGGAGCUACCGACCGGGCUGCCGGCCGGCACCGAGCACGCGGCGCUGAACGCCACGCAGCGGGACAUAGUGCUGCGGGUGGCGCGAGCAGUGACGGACCGACCCGACCGGCCCAGCAUCAGUGUGAUCCGCGGACCACCAGGCACCGGCAAGACGCGGCUGGUGGUUUCGCUUGUGAAGCAGAUCCUGUUCUCGGCUGGCGCGGAGCAGGACCGGCGCGUGCUCCUCUGUGCCCCCUCCAACGCCGCUGUCGAUGAGGUCGCCAAACGGCUGCUGGAGGAGCGUGCCGUUCUGACGCGGCGGACCCCAGGCUCACCGAACGUCCCGGAGAUCCGCGUGGUACGCUUCGGCCGCCGCUCGCAGAUCGCCGAUGCCGUCGCGCGCAUCAGCCUGGAUGAGCUGGUGGACGCCAACGUCAAGCAGCUGCUGAAGAAGCAGGUGCCGCAGAGUGCCAGCUGUAGUCACGAGAUGGCACAGAUGAAAAUGCGGAUCCGCACGAUUGAGGAGAAGCUGCAGAAGCUGAAGCCGGGUGACGGUGACGAGCACGAGCUGCGCACCGCGCUGCGGGACCUGGUCGAGCAGCGCAGGGGUCUGCAGCAGCCGGCCGCGGUUACCGCCGUCACCCGGAUGUAUCGUCUGACCUCGGCUGGGUCACGGAGGCCGUCACCGUUCACCUGUUGCAUCGUGGACGAGGCAGGCCAGUGCACGGAGCCAGACGUGCUCAUUCCACUCGAGUACGGCAUCAAGAAGCGGUGCUGGUCGGCGACCGGCCCAGCUGCCGCCCACCGUCGUGUCCGAGACGGCGCAACAGUAUGGCUGGCCCGUCCGCUCCUGAAGCGGCUUUACCAGCUGUUCCUGGCCUCGAAGGAGACGAGCCCUGUGGUGAUGCUCACGGACCAGUACCGCAUGCAGCCGGACAUCUGCCGCUGGCCGGCCCGCUACUUCUACGGCGACCGACUGCGCUCGCUCUACCUGGUGCUGGACGUCUGUGGGGCGCGCGAGACCAGCCACGCCAACGGAGGCGACUUGGUGGUGAAACUCAGCGAGAUCGCGCUGCGCGUGGCCAAGAGCAGAGCCCCCUCCAUCGGCAUCAUCACCCCGUACCGCAAACAGAGGCAGCUCCUCCUGGACAAGCUCAAGCAAAGGGCCUUGUCCGUCGACGUGCAGACGGUGGACGGCUUCCAGGGCCAGGAGCGCGACAUCGUCGUGCUCUCGUGCGUGCGCUCCAAUGGAGCCGGCAGUCUCGGCUUCCUGGACGACCGGCGGCGCCUAAACGUGGCGCUGACGCGCGCCCGCUGCUGCCUCUACGUGUGCGGCCACCUCGGCACGCUGAAGGCGGACCAGGUCUGGUCGCACCUGAUCCAGGACGCCCGUGAACGACGGAUGGUGGUCACCGUGCCCAACGAAGCUAUCUGCGACCAGUUUCUGGAGUCACGGCUAUGCAGCGACACGUCCGGCUCCGUUGUCAACUAGUGCCUUCAAGGCCGACCAGUAGAUGGGGCGUCGCUCAGA